AUGGGUUCAAUCGCUACUGAGACGGUUGCUCGACAACCCGACAUAGACUAUAAACCCGAUUUUGAGAAAUAUCAGACUCGAACAAAGCUUCGUCUGCAGACUGAGCCUCUCAUAGGAAAGAGUCUGCCAUCUGGAUUUCCCCAAGAACUGAUUUCCGAUCUGGUCUGGGAAGGAGAAGGACUGGAAGACAAGUAUGACUGGACAUAUGUCCUCACAACAGAGGACAUUGAGGAACUGGAAGAGGCAUUGACGCAUUUCAAAUCGCUGAACAAACCUCUUGGGUACAUCAGUCAAGAAACAUUUCCCCUUCCUCGCCUGCACGGACCGCUUCGAGAGAUCUCAAAGGACCUCCAUUUCGGCCACGGGUUCAAAGUCGUGAGAGGCGUCCCUGUCGACAGACACUCUCGAGAGGAGAACAUCAUCCUCUAUGCAGGUCUUUCGGCCCACGUGGCCCCAGUCCGAGGCCGUCAAGAUAAUGCUUACAAGGGAGAGCCAGCCGAUGUUGUGUUGAACCACAUCAAAGAUCUUAGUUCGACUUCCGAAAACGCUUCGAUUGGGGCCCCGGCAUAUACCACGGAUAAACAGGUGUUCCACACGGAUUCGGGGGACAUUGUUUCGCUCUUCGCGCUCAGCACGGCUGCCAACGGCGGGAGGAGCAGGCUGGCAAGCACCUGGAGAGUGUACAACGAGCUGGCGGCCACCCGACCCGAUCUGAUCGAGACGCUGUCUCAAGAUUGGAUUGCGGAUAACUUUGGCAGGCCAGGCCAGCCAUUCACCGCUCGGCCGUUGUUGUACUUCCAGCCCGCAACACUGGACUCGCCGGAGCGUGUCAUUCUUCAAUACGCCCGAAGAACUUUCACUGGGUUUGGCGCGCUACCACGCUCGAAAGAAAUCCCACCUAUCACGGAAGCUCAGGCGGAGGCACUUGAUGCUCUUCACUUCCUUGGUGAGAAGUUCAACGUCGGCUUGGACUUUCGGAAAGGUGAUAUUCAAUAUGUCAACAACCUGGCUGUCUUCCACGCCAGAGAUGGCUUCGAGGACUCUCCAGAGCAGCAACGCCAUCUCAUCAGACUCUGGCUCCGCGAUCCCGAAUAUGCCUGGCACAUGCCGGAUGCUCUGAAGCCAAGGUGGGCUCAGCUGUACGACGGUGUGACCCCUGAGAAACAGGUCUUCCCACUAGAGCCGUAUAUCCGCAGCACGAGUAAUGGACAGACAAGGGCCAAGGACUAG